UGCCGCCCGCUACGCGAGUUCCGGGCGGGGCGUUCCCCGCGCCCGUAGCAACCGGAGCGUUCGCGGUAGCAACGGCACCAUGGCAAAAGCAACGACCAUCAAAGAAGCUCUAGCCAGAUGGGAAGAAAAAAGUGGCCAGAAGGCUUCAGAGGCAAAGGAAGUGAAACUGUACGGGCAGGUUCCUCCUGUGGAGAAGAUGGAUGGUGCUCUUUCUGCUCUUGUUAACUGCGAGAAACUAUCGCUGUCUACAAACUGCAUUGAUAGAAUCGCCAACUUGAACAACCUAAAAAAAUUGAGGAUUCUGUCUUUGGGAAGAAAUAACAUAAAGAAUUUGAAUGGACUGGAGGCAGUCGCUGAUACUUUAGAGGAGCUAUGGAUCUCAUACAACUUAAUUGAGAAACUGCGGGGUAUCCGUGUAAUGAAGAAACUGAAGAUUCUUUAUAUGUCAAAUAAUUUGGUGAAAGACUGGGAGUUUGUGAGACUGGCAGAGCUGCCGUUACUAGAGGAGCUGGUGUUUGUAGGAAAUCCACUACAAGAGAAAUUUGCCGCUGAUCAGAACAGUUGGAUUGAAGAAGCAACCAAACGGGUACCCAAUCUGAAAAAGCUGGAUGGUACCUUAGUUGUUAAAGAAGAAGAGGAAGAAGGAGGGGAAGGAGCAGAAGGAGCAAACUGAUGGCACUUUCUUGUUGGGUAUUAAAUUAUUAAAGUAAUUCCAGAUAGCUUGGCACAUAAACUUUUAUAAAGUAUUUGUUUGAAAAAAGUCUUCGGGCAGUUUUUAAAAGACCAGCUUAUUUCCACAGUCUCUCACCCAAAGAAUUAGUUACCAAAAAUUGAUCACACUGGUUUUGUCAAGCUUAUGACACCUUCUGUAGAGACUAGUGGAGCUGAGUUUACCUGCUGUUUGGCUAGCAAGAGAUCUUUAUUUAAAUUGAUACAUAGCUGGUUUUAAUUCCUGAUUAGUGGUGCUUGUUGUUCACUCUUGGGUUAUCAGAGAACCAUUUUAGCUUGUUUGGUGCUGCUGGCCAACAUUGAAUUGGAACACUGAGACCAAAAGAACAAUGUUGUGGUUUAGAGACACCUGACAAGCUUUGUUGUGUUUAAUUUUGUCAUGGGUCUUUCUCAGUAUUUUUAAUAUACGAGUUUGCCUUUUCAUUCCUUGAAGUGUUAUGCCAAACAGGCGCAGUAGUUGCAGACAUACGCACAAAAAGGUAUCGGUCUGAUGAUUGCUUGUUCCUGGCUUUAAGUCUUGAAAUGGGCUUCUCACAUUAGAACUCAACUGCGUUGCUUCGAAGGCCAUGUAUAACUUAUAUAUUUAUUUAUUUUUAGGAGGCAAUGGGAAUUCUUUGCAUGGUUUCAGUAAGACUAAAAUACCUGCUAACUUUGGGUUUUGUCUCUCACUAGUGGCCUAUUAGCCUACAGCUGGUUUCUGGCUUUGGACUGGGUCACUGGUGGACAUAAUCCUUCUCAGCUCUGGAAUCUUCCUACAGCUAGGUAGGCUGAUAGUAACAGAGAAACAAACAGCGAACAGAAGACUGGGGCUCGACAGAAAAUUUUGGUUUUGGGGAUACUAAUUUUUUGUGAAAGCACAGGUAUAAGCAGUGAGAGAAAGUAUAUGUAGUUAGUGGGGAAGGUGAGAUGAUGAGAUGAGAUUGAGAUGAGAUGAGAUGAGAUGAGAUGAGAUGAGAUGAGAUGAGAUGAGGGCACUGGUAAAAAAAGUAUUGAAGAGGUACUGUAUGUGCUAUAUUGCAGGGUAACCAGUUUUAGUAAAGCCCCCUUAUGUGGCCAUUUCUAGUGAAAAGCAUUAAACAAUGAAGACAUACCUGAUUGCACUGUGGGAUGCCAGUAGUACGGUUUUUCUUCUUCUCUUUGAAGAAUAGAUCGAGUCACCUGAGUAGAUUUUUCUGCAGUUCCUUUUUGGUUUUUUAACAAGCUUUUCUUCUAAUUUGUGGUACCAUCUUUUUUUAAAUUGAAGUGGCAACAAGUGUAUCUGCUGGUUCCAGCCCAAGCAUAGAAGGGAUGGGGGCAGAAUGCCACUCUUAAUUAUUUUGUUUGUGAAGAUGUGGCAGGAGUUGAAAUCUUGGAAGUCAAGCUCAGAGAUAAAAUGGUAGAAUUGGCCCAGGCAACAGUGGUACUGAUCUCAAGCUCCAGGUAUAAUUGUAGUAGAAGAUUCUUCUAAUCAGUUUCUAAGUGAACACUGUGAAGUAGAUGAUUACAAGACAAUCACAGUUUAGUUUCAAUAUAUUGCUACUUAAUUUGUGAUUAUUAAGAGGAAUUCUAAAGCAUUUUAAUUUAAAUUGGCAAUUGCUGAAGAGUUUUGAGUUUGAUUUGGAUCCGUUACUAAAGAUAAGGUCAAGAGCACAAUGGCAAAAACUGGGAACAUUCUUCACGCAGCACAAACUUAUUUCCAGGCAGCUGUUCUCUUUACCUGAAACUAGUUCCUUAGUUCACUAGUUCACUGGAUUUAGACAACUUCAUUUUAGUUUGUCAUUUCUUUAGAAGUAUUCUCCUAGCUUUAUCAUAAGUAAAGGCAGCACUGACCAAGAAGCACCAUGGAGGAGAGUGUCUAUAGUCAGCAGCCAUUUCAUAUGGGCGUCAUUUGAAGCCAAGCCACUGUUCACUUGCAGCCAACCACUCUUGGCAAUGUGGGUGUGCUUGGGCAGUACAGAGCCCGUGGCACACUCAGGUCCUACUGGCCCCAGCUGCUGGGGGAGGGCCCACAGGAGACUGGCUGUGCCCUUGACAACUGUAGUUACAGUGUGGGUAAUGUGAGCCAGAGCUUGACUGACUCAAAACUUGCCUUCUGAAUGUUCCCAACAAGGGGAGAUGCCAAAUUCAUCUCUGUGUUUGGAGAUACUUUCAGAAUAGACCAUGUGGUGCUCUUCUCCUAGUGCUUGGCCACAAAGAAAAGUGGUUGAAGCUCUGGACCUGGUCUCUCCCAGCACAUCUGGAAGAGUGGUGUGUAUGGCUGGGUUAGCUCCAUACAUGAAUGGGACAGGAGAAAAAGGGAGUGACGAGCACAGUCCAAUGCCAAGUGAUCCUACUGGUUGAUUCUUUAAUAUCUAAAUAUGGCCUAAGUCUGUACAUUUCUGAAGGUUGUGUUAGAUACAGCAAAUACUCUACACUUUGGCUAUUUUGGGGCAUUCUGAGAGCAAAAUAGAAACUUUGUGUUCUGACUAUGUUGUGAUGAUUGAAAUGAAACACAGCUCCAUUGACAUGUUGUGAGGGAUAAGAGCAGUUCCUGGCUCUUGUAAGUGAUCAAUAGAGGCUAUACCUAUGGGAAUCAGUCCAAAAAGUACUGUAGAUGGUGGUAGAGCUGGGUGUAUUGUGUGGCCCACUGGCACUGGUGCUUUCCACGGAUUGAACAGCACAAAUUCACUAGCUCUUUGGGGGCUGCAUUACAAAUACCACCAAAAAAGGAAAAAAAAUCAUUCUUGAAGGAAGGAAGCAUCCAGUCUUAGCAUAUAAUUUAAAACCCUUCUGAUAAAAACCAUGUGCCAGUCUCAUUGAAACAAUACAGUAAGAAAAGAAUAAACUGUGGCUCUUGUUUGUCAGGAGAUGCUUCGUCUCAAAGCUGGAAGCUUCACUUAACCUUGCUUUGCCUAAUGAGCCAUGAUUACUCACAAGAACAAAUCAACCCCCCCAAACUUUUACUCCUCUAAAGUAAAGUUUCCUUAAAAUUUUAAAUUUGCACUUUAAAACUAUGCACUGGAUGUGGUGGAAAACAUAGAGAGGUGGCAGAAUUAUAACAGCUGGUUUGCAUAUUGCUGGUGCUACACGAUGUCAUGUGUAAAGUGACAGUGACAGUGGGCCUGUGCGCCCACAGGGACAUUGGAGUGAGAUGCUGGGAGGCCUGGCUUUCACUUGUACACUUUGCUCUUCCUAUCACACCACAUCCAGUGAAGUAGUAAGCACACUCUUACUCAUGGAUGAAAAGAGCACCCAUGUAAAAUGUGCAAGCCAUGUGGAAUUCUGCUUUUCUCAGUAAAAUUAUGGAGGACUAGCAUCCACUUUACUCUUUAGAGAAAUAUCCUAAGAUUAAAUAAGUGGUAGGAACUAGCUAGGUUUAUGCUUGCUUGUUGGCACACUCACCUGUCUUCAAAGAGCUGAUGCAUGUCGUGAUUAUUGAGAACUGAGGAAAAAUGACAGAAGAGACCUGAGAACCAGCAGAUGACUCAGGUGUAGGCUCAUCUAGAAAAACCUUCAAGCAAGAGAAGCACUUUUAACAUCCCCUUUGGCUAUCUUUUGUAUACAAAAAUUUUGUAGCACAAAAAGCUGUUAAAUUUGCUGUGUUUAAAUUAUUUAGGCCUAUGUUUAUAAAUGUUAUUCUGUGAAACUUGUUCAAAAAUAAUAUAACCUUAAUUUAUACAAAUGUCUUUGGCUGAUGUGUAACGAAAUAGUUCAGCUUGUGAAGAGUAUUUGGAAACUAAAUUCUGUUCUCAUUAAACUUUCCUAGCUGCUCAGGGUGCAAUGUAUUUAUAGUAUGAUAGCAUGUAAAUGCUGUUCCUUAUUGCCUCUAUAUUUUAGAAUAGAAAAUAACUUAAGGCUUUUAAAAUGCUGAUAUAUUGUGUUUGUUGUCAUCUGAUACAUAAAUAUUUUUCAAUCUUUUAAGA